AUGAGCUGCAACUGCUUCGGGACGCGGUCUGACGCGCUCAGAGACGACCACUACACGCCACUCGGCAUGCACAACCCGCAGCCAACCCGUCCAGGCGACGAGCUCGUCGUCCUCUCCAAGGACGGCAACAAGCCUGUCAACCUCGCCCUCACGCAGGACGGGCUGGUCGUGCUCAAGUCCAAGAAGGGAUCGCUUCAUUCGCUCAAGCUGUCGAGUCCUUCGUCCACCUCGAGUCGCUUGAUCCCCUACCUCAACCUCCUCUCCGCCCGCCUCAGCUCGCCUGCGUCGACCAGCACCAGCAAACCGACUUCUGAACUUGAGAUCAUCGUCGCAGCGCUCGUCCCCCGCGAAAAGGGGAAGGCAAACUCGCCUCUCAAGCUCUGGAUCCUGAAAGGCCGCGUCUACGACAGCCAUGCAUCGACCGGGAACGCGAUGGGAAUGGUUGCAGACGAAGAGAGCUCAGGUGGGGAGAGUGUACGGCUCAAGGCGGCAAGGUGGUGCAGGGAAGCCGAGGAACGAGCUUACGCGGGCAUCGACCGAUCGAAGGAACGCCUGUACUGCGUCGUAAAUCCCGCCGGAGGGAAAGGGUUGGCCAAGAAAGUAUGGGAGGAGGCCGUCAAACCGAUGCUUGAUGCUGCUGGAUGCGCUUACGACGUCGCCUACACCGGUCCGCCUGGUUCUCCAACUCACGCCGUUGCUCUCGCCCGCUCACUCCCCCUCUCAACCUAUUCGACCCUCCUCUCGCUCUCCGGCGACGGCAUCAUUCACGAACUCCUCAACGGCCUCGCCACGCACUCAUCCGGUCAGGGGAAGAAGGCGCUGAGGGAAACGACUUUGUGUCACGUACCUUGCGGAAGCGGGAACGCGCUGGCGAGCAGUCUGGUUGGGAGCGAGAAAGUGGAGGACGUGCGAUGGUCCGCAUUGGCGGCUUUGAAGGGCCAGCCGAUUCCGCUCGACCUCUGCUCCUUCGUCCAGCCAAGCACUCCCGCCGGCACGCGCGAGUUCUCCUUCCUCACCCAAGCCUUCGGUCUCAUGGCCGAUCUCGACCUCGGAACCGAGCACUUGCGCGCGCUGGGCGACUUCCGUUUCACUCUCGGCUACGUUCACGGCGCACUCCAACGAAGAACCUAUCCCUGCACCUUGACGGUCGAGAUCGUUGAGGCGGACAAGGCGGCGAUCGCUCGGAAGCACAAUGCGUCGCUACGCUCGCCUAUCUCGGCGUCCGUAGCUGGCGAUGACCUGGGAGAAGACGACUUGCCGCCUGCGAAGCCCUGGACCGCCUCACUGCCUCCGCCCGACGUCACGCCUACGGUCCUGACGGGUCUACCGUCACCGUCUGAUCCGCCGCUCAAGCCUGGCUGGUACACGUUUGACCUGACGAAGAAGGGCGUGUUCUUCCUAUACGGAGGAAAGGUCCCGCUCAUUGCUCGAGAUGUCAUGCUCUUCCCUGCCGCCGACCCGAACGACGGCCUCAUUGACCUCGUCCUCGUCGGCCCGAUGGGACGGAUAGAAGCGCUCACUGCCAUGGACUCGACCAACCCGACACCAUCCCCGACGCAGAAAAGCUUCCUGUCCCUCCCCGCCGUAACCUACCUCAAAGCGCGCUCCUAUCACCUCUCCUUCCCUCCUCCGCCUCCCUCGACGAAUGGCAAUGCAAAGGGGCGGAAAAGAGGGUUCUUGUCGGUCGACGGGGAGAGCAAGAAGUACGAGGAGUUCAGGGUCGAGGUUCAUCAGGGGUUGGCGAGGGUGCGAAGUCUGGGCGCAGCUGGUGGUGCAUUCGAGGGACAGGGAGGCGGAGGAGCGUGGGUCGGGAGGAGGAAGAUUGCGGGAUUCGACUAG